GGGAGGUAAUCGAUAGCAGCAAAAAUUUUAAGCAUACCUUCUGUGCUUCUUAGAAAAUUUGUUUUGUUUAUCACUAUCAGUCUUAAACGGACAGAACAGGAAAAAAUAUUUUAUAAGAAGAAUGAAUACAAAACAGAUAUAUGAUUGGGGUGGAGUUAGUAGUGACAGUAUUAAACGAUCAGUAGAUAGAGAUUAUUAUGGAGGAUGGUCAGGUGACUACGAUCAGACCAAUAAAAACAAAAGAUAUGGAUUGAUGUCCGAAGGCACCAUCAGCUACCCUGAUCCGUCAAAAUACAGACAACAGUCGUCAUCCACUAUUAACCGUGGUAUUGGCGAUAACCCAGAUUAUCCUGCUGUACCAUCUUAUAGUAGAAAUACACAACCAAGUAAAAUGGAUUAUGUUCAGGGAAGAAAUUCUGGUUAUGAUGAUUAUAAUGAUAAUGGUGAUGACAGAGAUUUUGAUUAUGACAUGGGAGGCUCCAGUCGAAAGAAAAUGAAGAACAAUGAGGAAGCUUCAGAGAAAAUGAAAAAUGAACUUCAACUUCGAGAGAAACAAUUGAUGGCUGCAAGUGAAUUACUGUCCAAACAAACCAAAUUACUGAAGACACUAGAGACCAAUAUCAACAAACGCUUUAGUGGAUCAGGUUCUGCAGAUAACUCAUCCAUCAACAUGUCUGAUAUGGGCACCAAUAUGUCAAGACCUGACAUGGCCAGUAGCCAAGGUAUGCCUAUAUCAAAUAGGCCUUUGGUUCGUGACAUGGGAAUGCCUAUGCCAGAUAGGCAUGACAUUGGAAUGCCUAUGCCCAGUAUUGGCAGUGACUUGAGUAUGCCCAGGGCAAACAGGGGAAUGCCUCCAGGGCAAAAUAUGGGGAACAUGGGUAUGCCUAUGCCUAGCAUGGGUAAAACCUAUGAUGCCCCACCCAUGGGUAUGCCUAUGUCUAGCAUGGGUAAAACCUAUGAUGCCCCACCCAUGGGUAUGGGAAUGGAUGGACUGAAUCCACCGUUUGAAUAUGAUCACAGGCCUGGAAGAUUUUCAACAUUGGAUGGACCGGAUCCUUCAUUUGGUUCAGAUUCGUUUCCAUUUGAAUAUGAUCAUGAACCUGGAAGAUUUUCCACCAUGCCUCAACCAAUAACUAGAGAUUAUAAUCAUGGACGACAAUCGUAUCUUGGAGGAGGAGGAGGGUAUCCCCUAGAAACUCCUUUCUUGAGAGGAAACAAGGAUCAGAGCCGAAAGCGAUUGCUAAACAAGAAAAAUGAUGGACAGAAGAGUAGUAGCAGUAGACAGAAUUUCGGGAACAUGAAGCCUGUUCCUGAAAAAAAGGACUUCCAAUCAAAUAAACACACUAAUCAAGGUAACAAGAACAAGAAUAAAGGCCCUAACCAACAAAAUAAAGGGGCUAAUCAGCAAAAUAAAGGCCCUAACCAACAAAAUAAAGGCCCUAACCAACAAAAUAAAGGACCCAACCAACAAAAUAAGAUUUUAAAUAAACAAAAUAAAAGAAGUAUUGGACAAAGUCAAGGCCUUCAAAAACCCCUACCUGGAUUAAUGUCAUUGAAGUCUAACCGUGAUAGUAAUAAACCUGCUGUAACAGGAAAUGAGUUAGCAACCAGUUUCAUUGGAAGUUUUUGUCCAUCAUGUAAUUUAAAGAUACGAGAGCCAAACCAUCAUCUAAUAAAACCCCAUCUUGGCCGUAUGCAGAAGGUUAAAAAGGGCUGUAUCCUAUGUGGAACAGGAAGCUUUCGUCAUCAUUUGGAACUUGAACAUCAUAUGAGUAGCCAGGAACAUAGAAGGAUUCGUCGAUUAGUAAAACAAUAUCCAAAGACUAAACUGAAGUAUAGUAACAUAAAGACGGGUGUUCCAGAAUAUGAUGCAGUAAAAACAGAUACCGUAUAUGGUGCUGAAGUUGUAGAAGAGAUGAAAGGAAUGUAUUGUCAUGCUUGUGAUAUGUUUUUCCCAAGCUCAAACCCAGAUAAAGAUUACAAAAAACAUCUGACAUAUAGGAUUCACCAUACAAACUAUGUGAAAUAUAAAAAGGCUAAAAUAUUCGAAGAAUUGUUGGCCAAACAGGGAGGUGGAGUAGGGAUCAAAGGGAAAAAUUCAGUUGAAGAAAUUGAUGAAGACGUGGAUGCUGAGGAGGACGGAAUUGACAUGGAAAUGGACGGAAAUGACAUGUGAUUAAAGUCACUCAUCAUCAGCUGAUCAUCACACUGUAACAUGGGGGUCAUUUCAUCUUGUGUAUCUAGCACUAAUUUCUUUAACAUUUGUUUAAUAUCAAAUCUUUAUGCAAGAGCUAAAUCUGCCAAUUACAGGUCUUUCUUUAGGCCUGAAAUGUUAUCUAAAUUAAUAUUUAGACAUUAUUUAACUUAUCCAGACCAUAAUCAACUCUCGAUGGCAUCGGUUCAUAGUGGAUCAAUUUGAUUUCCUAACCACUGUUCAAAUAUUAAUCAUUAUAUAUCAAUAAUCAAUUGUUUUUUUUAUUUUUUAACAGUGAUCGAGAAAUUAAACGCUUGUAAAUUGGACACUCAUUAUCAAAAUUGAAUGGUCAGCUUUAAACUGGACACAAGUACAAAUUGUGUGAAUUUUGGUGAUUUUAAAUGAUUUUUACAAAUUUUUAAACAAUGAUUUGAUAUUGAAUAAAUAUGAAAGAAAUUAGGGCUAAAUACACAAGAUUAAAUGAUACCAGGAUUCCAGUGUCAGUUCCUGUCAUUAUUUACAAAAAUAUGUUAGACUGAACAUUUGUCCAAUAAGUAAAUUACUGUAUUGUCGUGUUUCUGAUUGUUUCCUUAAAUUCACCUCGUGUACAUGGAUGCCAUGUUAUUCAUGUUUUUAUGUGUUAUAUGUUUUAGAUUUAUCUUAGGGAUUUCAAAAUCCUGUGAAUUCUUAUCCCGGGAUCUGGGAUGGAAUUUGCACUCAAACCCGAGAUUUCUAAAAUGGGAUUCACUAAGAGUUCAUAUCAUCAUGGUCCAAUUCGGUGAAUAUUUUAUAUUGAAACAGUGUACAGUGACAAAGAGUACACAAACCAAGAAUCGUGGUUCUUAGCUGCCAAAAUUGAAAACAAAAGUGAGAUAUAUUAUUUAAAAAGAUAUGUUGGAUUGGAACUGCACCAAAUGAUUCACAAAAAUGAGGGCUUCUGAAAUCUAAUCCAGGGAAAGAAAAUCUCAAUAUCAAACCCUAAUUUCUAUUUAAAUAAUUAUCUGUAUUGUGGUUUUAACUCUUUGUUCUCAAAUGUAUAUAGAGAAUCUCCUACGAGUAUUUUUUUAUAUCAAAAUAGACGAGUAGGAGGUUUUAUUUAUCACCCAAUCCUUUCUUACAUGCACAGAAAAAUAAAUAUAAUUCUUUGCUAUAAAUUUCACUUUUACUGAACCUGAUUACAUUACGGCGUAGUGAUACAUCAUUUUUUGACAGCAAUUCCACCAUUGCAAAGUCCUUUAUAUUGACCCAGUGUUUCCAUCAAGGUCAAUUUAAUAAAAAUAGUUUAUUUUUAAUAAAAAAAAGAAGUUAUUUUUAAUAAAAAAUGAAUUGUUCUUUGAAAAUAAAAAAAGUACUUCCUUUUCAAUUGACCAAUCAAAUUCAUGUGAAGCAAUAUAUCCUAUUAUGAAAUUUAUCGCACAAGCAAUAUCUACUGUAGAAUUAUUAUUGGCUGAUAAUAUUAUUUUCUUGUAUAUUGGUGUCUCAUCACUUAUUUUUAAUAAAAUGUAUCAUUUGCUUGAUAAAAUCUGAAGAAUCCUGAUCAAAACUCUGAUCAUGCGAUGAAUUGAGCUUUAUUUUUUGAUUAAAUGUAUAUUUGCUUGAUAGAGAAACUUAGGAAUCCUGAUAGAAAGUUUUUUUCAUUCUAUUUUAAAAAUAAUGAUUUUAGUUUGACCUGGCAAGAGGUGACCACAGACGUAGUACCUGAUAAUUUUUAAAAACUCUGUGGCUGACAUGUAUUAAACAUAUAAAUAAUAUUUAAUAUCUAAAAACUAAUAGUCAAUUUAUUCUCAUGAAAUUAUCAUAGUAUGUGAUGCAUUGAUUUUUUUGGUCAAUGUUUAUCAGACAUUAAGAAAUAAUAAUAUCACAGCAUCUGGCACAUCAAUGGUUUAGUUUCUAGUCUGCACAUAAAUUGAUUGCAAUGAAAAAUCUACUAUUUUUAUAAAAUACUUGAUUUUAUAUAUUUGUUAAAUGUUUGCAAUAGGUACACUGUGGGUCAGUUUCAUGCUUAGUUUGAUAGGUGUUCUGCCAUUGGCAGGGCUGGUGACAGACAUGUAGGUCUGUUUCAUGUUAGUUUUUGAUAGGUGUUCUGCCAUUGGCAGGGCUGUUGAAAGACAUGUAGGUAUGUUUUAUGUUAGUUUUUGAUAGGUGUUCUGCCAUUGGCAGAGGCGGUAACAGACUGUUUUGCACAACUUCUUGACCACACCACUAAAAGAGUUUUUCAACUUGUUGAUUUUCUAAUACAGAUGUUAUGUACAGAAGAGUGAAAAGCACUUGUGAAUAUAUAGAAUAGAUAUAAUAUGUACAAAACUGUAGUCCUGAAAGCUCAGAAUUUGACCCCCUUUGAGGUCAGUACCUCGACAACAGCUUAUCCUAAUGGUAGCACCAACCCUGUCUGUGAAUACUUUUUGAUCGUUUUUGUGGGUGAAUUUUCUCAUAUAUUUUUUCCAUUACAAUAUUGUAGUAAGUAUAGUGGUUUCUUUUGUACAGCUAAUGCUUUUUUCAAAUGUAUUUUUCUAAUUGUCAAAUUUAUCAGUAGUCAAAUUAAACAUGCAUAGCUUCAA